CAUGUCGCCAAGAUUUCAAGAGACCACGAAGAGCACGAUGGCCUGCGCAGCCAGCAGUCCCCGCCAGCUCGAGCUCGUCGGGAGCCCGCGCAAGCCAGCCAAGAAGAAGCUGCUGCGCGGCCAUGCGCUCAGCAACGCCAAGUACGACUACGUCGAAGAUGCGCUCGAGACGCUCUCGGCCUCGACGGUCACAACGAGCGACGGCGACUGGAGCUCGGGCAAUCGCACGUUGGGCAACACGGGCAGCUUUGCGCUGCAGAUGCCAUUACCCACGACGUCGCCAAAGGUGUUGCACCAGCGCCAGUUUCUGCACUGGGCCGAGCCCCAUGCGCUACCAACGCGAGAGCCAAGCGCCAUGACGCCCGACUGCAAGGUGCUCUUGGACCACCUGAAAGCGGUUCGAGCACGACCUAGCACCGCUGCGCCAUUGAAAGUCACCGUGUUUGAUGCGACUGAGGCCAACCGCUGGACCGAGGCACAGACCGACUUGGCGGCACGAUUGCAUACCGAGAUGAUCCCGCUCGUGCCAGCGCCGAGCCCGACGUCGUACAAGGGCCACGUCGCCAAGCACAAGCGCGUCGAAGAGCUCAUGGGCUGCCCCAAGACGGUUGCGCCAUGGCGCCGCGAUGCAGCGACGUCGGCAUGACGAUGAUGCUCGUCGUCCUUGCUGUUGGUGCGUCUCUCUGAUCGUAGCUGUGGUGUGUAUUUAUGGCCAUGAAAUGAAUGGAUCAUUGUUUUGACGUCGC